GUGACACUGAGAGACAGACAACCAACAAAUUCACCAGGGAUUAAUCUCAACCUUCACAGACGGAUGAAGACAGAAGUAAAACAGGGAAACGGACUCUAAAACAAGCAGCUGACUUAAAUCACUGGAGCUUCACUCAGAGAGAAAAUGGCUUCUGGACCAGAAAACGAUCUUUCCUGUCCCGUCUGUUAUGACAUCUUUAUAGAUCCUGUUAUCCUCACAUGCAGCCACAGCUUCUGUAAAGUCUGUCUGCAGGGAUGGUGGAGAGCGAAACAAGAACAGGAGUGUCCAGUGUGUAAGACUGUAUCUGGAAGUAACAACCCGCCUUGUAACUUGGCAUUAAAGAACCUGUGUGAGGCCUUCUUACUGGAGAGAGAUCAGAAAUAUUCGGCAGGGUCUGAGGAUCUCUGCAAUCGACACUCUGAGAAACUCAAACUUUUCUGUCUGGACCAUCAGCAGCCAGUGUGUCUUGUCUGCAGAGAUUCAAAAAAACACAACAACCACAGAUUCAGACCCAUUGAUGAAGCUGUACAAGAUCACAAAGAGACGCUCCAGAAAUCCUUGAAGCCCUUACAGGAGGAACUGAAGCUCUUUAAAGAAAUUAAAGGAAACUGUGGUCAAAUAGCAGAAUACAUUAAGGUCCAGGCCAGAUACACGGAGAGGCAAAUUAAGGAGCAGUUUAAGAAACUUCACCAGUUUCUACAAGAGGAAGAGGAGGCCAGGAUCUCUGCUCUGAGGGAGGAAGAGGAGCAAAAGAGUCAAAUGAUGAAGAUGAAGAUUGAGGGUCUGAGCAGAGAGAUAGCAGCUCUUUCAGACACAAUCAGAGUCACAAAGGAGGAGCUGAGAGCUGAACACAUCUCAUUCCUGCAGAACUACAAGGCUGCAUUGGAAAGAGUUCAGCAGCACCCCCUGGUGGUUGAUCCAGAGCUGGUCUCAGGAGCUCUGAUAGAUGUGGCCAAACACCUGGGCAACCUGACCUACAACAUCUGGAACAAGAUGAAGAAGAUGGUCUCCUACACUCCUGUGAUUCUGAAUCCAAACACUGCUCAUCCAAACCUCAUCCUGUCUGAAGAUCUGACCAGUGUGAGACGUGGAGAGAGACAGACGCUUCCUAAAAACCCAGAGAGGUUUGAUUUCUACCCCUCUGUCCUGGGCUCUGAGGGUUUUAACUCAGGGACUCACAGCUGGGAUGUUGAGGUAGGAAACAGUACAGGCUGGUAUAUCGGUGUGGCAGCAGAGUCUGUCCAAAGAAAGGCAACCGUACAGGAUAUAAAAGAGUACAUCAAGUCUGGAUUAUGGGCAGUACUGCUCAGUAAAGAUAAAUAUAAAGCAUUUUCCCCACUGCAGCUCUGCACUGUUGUCUCUGUGAAGAAGAAGAGUAAAAAGAAGAAGAAGCUGCAGAGGAUCAGAGUUCAUCUGGACUACAACAAUGGAAAACUGUCAUUCUCUGACCCUGAUACUAACACACACAUACACACCUUCACACACACUUUUACUGUGAGACUGUUUCCAUACAUUACCGCUUUAGAUCAACUCCCACUAAAGGUAUUACCCAUGGUCUUUGAUGAUGAUGAUGAUGAUGAUGAUGAUGAUGAUGAUGAUGAUGACAGCAGUGGACCCAGUACAUCUUCAGCCUCAGGUAUACCCUGUAUUUAA